UAACAAUCAUCCCGAAUUAACGAACUGGCUUCGUUAAUCAAUCGCUACGAAUCCGAUUUCGAAUAGUCUGCCUCGACUCUACCACUGCAUCGUGAUAGAAACGCUAAUUACUCUCAUCGUGCACGCAAUUCACCAUCCCCGCGCGUCAGCCCGCGCGCGACGAGUCGUCCCUUCACCCAACCGUCACCGUCCAUCGUGACCGCCCAGUCACCACGUCCAAUACCUCCGAUCCCCUCCGAUUCUUAAUUCACAAACGCUCCAAAUGUCCGCUCAAGCUGCAGGUCAGGCAGGUGGCGCCUCCGGGUCCCCUGCUGUGCCCGCCGCCUCAGGAACUGGUGCUGCUACCAACUCUGGUGGCACCAUGUCAAAUCAAAAUUUAAACCAGAUUGUUACAGAUUACCUGCUCAAGCGAGGUUUCAACCGCACCGAAGAAGUCUUUCGCCAAGAGUCGAAGCAUCUAGGCUCGGACGGCAAGCCUAUUGUCCAGAUUGAGACAUCAGGCCCAAAGAAAUAUGGCAAGGCAUUUAAGUUGUUGAAAGCCUGGGUCGUAAACAAUCUCGAUCUUUACAAAUUUGAGUUGUCGAAGCUGUUGUGGCCAAUCUACGUGUAUUCCUAUUUGGACCUCAUUAAGCACAACUAUGGCGACGACGCAAAGGUCUUUCUUACCGAGUACCAGCGCGACUUUGAGAAGUUGCACGAAGACGACUUGAAGGUUUUGGCUACGGUUACUCUGCCAAUUCACAUCACCGAAAAUCCUACAACGAAGUUGUAUUGUGAACACAAGUACCGUAUCCCACUGAAUCAGCAUGCGACGGGAGAUCUCUUCACCUUUCUCGAGCGCGAGUCUGAACAAGGCGGUGCUGUUAUUCGGCAGCUCCUCGUUUCACACUGCCAGAUUGAUUCAACUGCUCGAGGACCCAUCACACCAUACAGCUUUGAGGCAGUGUUCCGCCGAGCAAAGAAUCUCGACAUUGACGAGGUUGACGCCAUGGAAGGCAUCCCCGGCAUUAACGUAGGCCUGUCCAACAAAGAUAUUCUUGAUCCAGCUGCUCCUCUGCAGCUCGGAUCCCUGCCGAUGGACCCUGAUCUGCGGGAAGAUAUCCGCGCCGAAUUCGAGGACGAAGACAGGCGCCAUCCUCCUCAGUUUGGCACCAGUACGCUUCUCGAAGAAUUCGAUCAAAAGAUUAAGCGUGAAGAAAGCGCUGAUGCACCCGAUCGAUCAGACCUUCCUCUCCCACCCUCAAGGCCACGCGAUAUCAUGCUUGAGAUGCAAAAAGUCCGCGAAAACAGAGACAGAUUCAAGAUUGAGGGCCGCACAGGCGGCGUUGGCGUCGCCGUCAGUGCAUGCAUGUUUACCUUUCACAACACGCUAGGCAGCAUUUCCAGCAUGGACUUUUCCGAAGAUGGCCAACUUGUUGCGGCUGGUACCACAGACUCGUACAUCCGCAUCUGGUCUCUGGAUGGCAAGGCUCUGCCGUCCAUGAACGCCCACGAGAAGCACUCCAAAUUUAAUAGCAGAAAGCUCGUUGGCCAUUCAGGCCCCGUCUAUGAUGUAUCGUUUUCCGACUCAGCCUCUGGCCCAGCCCGGCGUCUCUUUGGCGAAGAAGGCGCUGGAAAUCCAGCUAUCAACACAAGGUCAAAGCUGCUGCUAUCUAGCUCUGCCGACGGCCAGAUCCGCCUCUGGUCGCUUGAGUCGUGGUCAUGUCUCUGCAUUUAUAAGUCGCACGACGGGCCUGUUUACCGCACACAAUGGGGUCCCCACGGCCACUACUUCCUCUCUGGCGGCUAUGAUAAGGUGCUGAGGGUCUGGAUGCAGGACCACGCCACGCCACAGCGACUCAUGGUUGGCCACGACACCUCCAUCUCUGCCACGGCAUGGCACCCCAACGGCGUGUAUGUGUUCUCCGCAUCUGACGAGACGGAUAAGUCCAUCCGCAUGUGGUCCGUCGUCACGGGAGCCUGCGUGCGCGUCUUUGCUGGUCACAUUGACUACAUUACGGCCCUCGAGUGUGCUCCCAACGGCAGAUUACUUGCGAGUGCCGACGUUGCUGGCAACAUCUUCUUCUGGGACCUCGAGUCAGGCAACCUGAUCAAGCGCUCGCGCGGCCACGGUAAGGGUGGCAUCUGGUCACUAAGCUUCAGCGUCGAGUCCAAUGUGUUGGCUUCGGGUGGCCAGGACGGCACUGUUCGUCUGUGGGAUGUCGAGUCGCCAGCUGAUCCGCAGAAGGCUGCUGCCCAGACUGGUGUCGAUGUUGCCUCGGCUCCAGAUGCAGCACCUGCUACGGGUGCGGCUGGUACGGCAGGAGGUGCGGUGGCAGCAGCGCCGGCCACGGGAGGUGGCGCGACAACAGGCACGCAAAAGAAGAAGACGAAGGAGGUGAUGAUUACACCGGAUCAAAUCAGUGCCUUUGCAACAAAGAAGACACCGGUGACCAAGGUCAAGUUCACCCGCAUGAAUCUUGUUAUUGUUGGCGGCUGCUUUGACCCGGAGAAGUAACGCUUGCUUUGGGUUUGAUCACACUUUUUUUAUUAAACAAAUAUACGCAGCUUGAGAUGGUUGCCAGGGAGGAUGUAACUAGAAAAGUAAUAAACCUAUCGUUUUGGUCAUGAUUGUCGAGGAGAGUCAUACAACAACCGUGUACUAUAUCUAUUUCUUUCAUAAGAUAGGGGUUGUUAACGAUUACUAUGUGGGUAUUAUGAGGUGCACUAACGUUGCAGCCCAUACCCACUGUAGAUGUAAGAAGGAUGCAGGAUUAAAUACUAAGCAGAUAACUAGCUUAUCUAGGGUAAGGCGGAUCCCUCCGCAUGGCGACCGAAACGCAGAUGAACAGGGCAGCGAUUUGAUGGUUAGUUUUCGAGGAUGUUCCUUUCUGUGAUUUUCUUUUGUUUUACUGGAAGAGAGUAAACCUUGAGAUCCUGGCGCUAUCGUCGUUGGCGCUGUAUCCUCAACGCAAUCUAAAUUCGGCCUCUCAAUGGUGUUCUCCGUGUCUCCGGAGAUUGACGAGAGAGGAAGGCAAGCUGUCGACUCUAAGGCAGCGGGAAGUGCCUGUUUUGGCCCAGAUUUACACCUCGUUAUUAAGAUGCGCAUUUCUUUUGUCAUCUCAUUUAGCAACGCCCGGCAAUCAGAAUUCUUUGCUAUUACUUCUCCGUGGACGUGAACCCGCGUCACUGUAUGUGUGCUCAAUUAGCCGAAGUCAUCGCAGUUGGGACAGGUCGAGUAAUUUCAGCCAACCAGGGCGCUGUGAUGUGCGAAGGGGGUCGAUUAGUAGUGCUGAUAAUGCUGCAUUCUCCGAAUUGGAACAUCUCCCUCAUCAUGGAUGUCAUUCGAUCCAAGCUUUCAUUGCUGACAUUGUCAGUGACACCGUCAAUCAACGCCAUCUUCGUUGGGUUGAAAAAAUAUUGGACAAGGCCUUGAGCAAGAGAAAAUCGCUGGUUUUGCUCGUAUGACAGGUUGAGAGUCGAGAACUGUGAAAGUAUGCCUCCAUUUCGCUCGACAAUGGCAGACAGUCCGACUCCAGCAAGGAUACGCUCUAGGACUACCUCACAUCCUUGUUGGUCCUGCGCUUCCAUAAUCUCAUCUGGAAGCAGGUUCUUCCUGAUGGUUGCAUUGUGGAAGAGAAUAGGAUCUUGUGGUACGACAGUGAAGACCGAGUUGAAUUGCUCUCGGGGGAUUGUCCGAGCCUCAAUGCCAUCAAUCUUGAUGGAACCUGUGUAUGGAAGCCUGGCAACCAUUGAGAGAAAAAAGGUGGUUUUUCCACUAUUCGACAUAUUUAGUGACUGUAUAAAUGCAGUGCCUAGACUGGAACAACAUACCUAUUGAACGUGCCGCACAGCGCAGCUUCUCGUCCAAAAAUGCGGAGGUUAAUACCCGAUAUUAGCGGUGGACUGUUGGGGAGGCU